AUGCUUUGUAUAGUAAUUUUCGUAUUACUACCAACUUUAGUUAUAUGUUCCAGUGAAGGGAACAUUCAUCUACUUGAACAAGAAAUUGGUGAAGCGAUAAAGGCUUGCAUAGACAAUGUAAGCGAAGAAAGUUCUACUAAACGCUACACCCGAUCCAAUAGGAACACAUCAAAUAACUACCAAUAUCAUCAAAUCGAAAAUAAUAAAAAUUCUAAUCCAUACAACCAUGAGAGACGUAACACAAGUGAUAUGAUGACACCGAACAAUGUAAGCACUAUAACAGACAACGAUUUGUUGGCAUACGACGACCAAUAUGGAAACGAAAACUUCAAUAACACCGGCAGAAAUAAUUAUGGUAAUUUUUACGGCAAUAAUAAUAAUACUUUUAAAAGAAGAAAUAAAAGAAAUGAUCACUAUUUGAACAAUAAUGAAGACGAUCAGUGCCUCAGUCAUUGUGUGUUUGCUAAUUUACAUGUGGUUGAUUCUCGAGGUAUUCCUCGUGAGACAGAACUUUGGAAUAAGAUUCAAGCCGACGUGAAGUCACAGCAAUCGCGCGUCCUUCUGCAGAACCAAAUAAGAUCGUGCUUUCAAGAACUACAAAAUGAAUCUGAAGGCAAUGGAUGUUCUUAUUCGAAUAAUUUAGAGCGUUGCUUGAUGCUACAUUUGUCUGAUCGAAUGAAAGGAACUAAAAGCAAGAAACAAUCUUAACAAAUAGCUAUACAGAAUAAUAAAAAAAAAACA